GGGGGAGGUGUCAUAGGCACUUGGGGUUUGCCCUGUGACACAAUUACAAGUUUGUGCUACUGCUGGCGAAGUUUGUGAUUCUCCGAAAUCCUUCUGGCACCGCAAGCCUGCGCCUUUUCUGGUGUCUCCGCCUAUUCCGAGAUGGGAUCUGGUAGCAGAGGGCAGUAGCCCCUGCAUCUGCUGCUCUCGCCAUCACUUGGGAUUUAUUUGCCGCCAUCCGUGGUGGAGGAGGUGGGACCGAUAAAGUUAGUGUCCAGGUCUCAGGUGCUAGGGUGCCUUUCAGCUGUGCACUAAAGGUUGUUAAGUUUCGGAGUUAGGGUUUUAAAUUUGUUGCUUUUCCAUGAAAUCUUGCGGAGUGUCGCUUGCUAGUACCACCUCUUUCCGGGAUGACGGAAAGAAAAUGGCGGCAGGAAAAGAGAGCAGCGAGUGCAAGGACGGAUCAGUAAGCUUGACAGACGAAGAGAAGCAGCUCCUGGGCGGAUUGGACAGCCGGCUCUUUGGGUUCAUCAGACUCCACGAAGAUGGCGCCAGGACGAAGACCCUUUUGAGCAAGGCUGUUCGCUACUACGAAUCUUUAAUCUUAAAAGCUGAAGGAAAAGUGGAGUCUGAUUUCUUUUGUCAAUUAGGUCACUUCAACCUCUUGUUGGAAGAUUAUCCAAAAGCAUUAUCUGCAUAUCAGAGAUACCACAAUUUGCAGUCUGACUACUGGAAGAAUGCUACGUUUUUAUAUGGCCUUGGUUUGGUUUACUUCUACUACAAUGCAUUUCAUUGGGCAAUUAAAGCAUUUCAGGAGGUGCUUUAUGUUGAUCCCAGCUUUUGUCGAGCAAAGGAAAUUCAUUUACGACUUGGGCUUAUGUUCAAAGUGAACACAGACUAUGAAUCUAGUUUAAAGCAUUUUCGGUUAGCCUUGAUUGACUGUAAUCCUUGCACUUUGUCCAGUGUUGAAAUUCAGUUUCAUAUUGCCCACUUGUAUGAAACUCAACAGAAGUAUCAUUUUGCAAAAGAAGCCUAUGAACAACUUUUACAAACAGAAAACCUACCUGCACAAGUAAAAGCAACUGUUUUGCAACAGUUAGGAUGGAUGCAUCAUAAUGUGGAUCUACUGGGAGACAAAGCCACCAAGGAAAGCUAUGCAAUUCAGUAUCUCCAAAAGUCAUUGGAGGCAGAUCCUAAUUCUGGCCUGUCUUGGUAUUUCCUUGGGAGGUGCUAUUCAAGUAUUGGGAAAGUUCAGGAUGCUUUUAUAUCUUAUAGGCAAUCUAUUGAUAAAUCAGAAGCAAGUGCAGAUACGUGGUGUUCAAUAGGUGUGCUCUAUCAGCAGCAAAACCAGCCAAUGGAUGCUUUACAGGCAUAUAUUUGUGCUGUACAAUUAGAUCAUGGUCAUGCUGCAGCCUGGAUGGACCUAGGCACUCUAUAUGAAUCCUGCAAUCAACCUCAGGAUGCCAUUAAAUGCUACUUAAAUGCAACUAGAGGCAAAAAUUGUAGUAAUACCUCUUCACUUGCAGGAAGAAUUAAGUUUUUACAGGCUCAGUUGUGUAACCUUCCACAAGGUAGUCUACAGAAUAAAACUAAAUUACUUCCUAGUAUUGAGGAGGCAUGGAGCCUACCAAUACCUGCAGAGCUUACUUCCAGGCAGGGUGCCAUGAACACAACACAGCAGGCUUCUAAAGCUCAUCAUCCCAAAACUGAACCUGUAUUAGGCCUCAGUCAAACACCAAUGUUACAGCAAUCCUUGCCAGUACACAUGAUUCAUUCUAGCCAAGUAGAUGGAUUGUCCAGCCCUGCCGAGAGGAAAAGAACAUCUAGUCCGACAAAGCAUUUGGAACAGCUACGUGCAAAUAAAGACCAUUUAAAUCCAGCACAGAAACUGAUGCUAGAACAGUUGGAAAGUCAGUUUGUCUUAAUGCAACAAAUGAGACAAACAGGACAAACUACUGGAAUUCCUAAUGGGCCAACAGCUGAUUCAUCACUGCCUACAAACCCUAUCUCUAGCCAGCAAUCAUAUUCUCCUGUCCCCAAAGUAUCUAGUGUGUUUCAGCUUGAAAUUUGCUCGGCUUGUUUUGAAAAACCUUUGUCCAGUGGACCUUUUUCUUCAGGCUAUGCUUUUUGCAGCACAGCAAAAACACUAGGGAAUACAGAUACUAUUUUGGUAGGCAAUAAUUAUGUAACAGGAAGUGGAAGUAAUGGAAAUGUGCCUUACCUACAGCAAAACACACUCACUUAUCCUCAUAACUGCACAAAUCUGACCAGCAGCGCAGAAGAGCCAUGGAGAAAACAGCUAUCUAACUCCACUCAGGUGUUUCACAAAGGUCAGAGUUCACAUAUGUCAGGAUCUAAUGAUGAACAACCUCCAUUUUCCACUGGGCCUGCCCAGUACCUCCAAGCAGCUAGUGUGGGCAUUCAAAAACAGACUGGACAUCGAACUCUUCCUAGCAAUUUAGUAACACAGGGAGCUGCUCUGAAUCACAUCUCCUCUCAUAUUGCUACCUCAGGUGGACAGCAAGGCAUAAAUUUAACCAAAGAGAGCAAACCUUCAGGAAAUAGAUCUUUGGUGCCUGAAAUAAGCCGGCAUGCUGGAGACACACCUAAUGGCUGUGUUAUUGCCAAGGGACUUUCUAACCAUGUUCAGCAACUGAUAGCAGAACCUGUUUGCAGUCCUAACCACGGAGACUGUACCUCACCAGAUUUACUAAUAUCAGACAGUCCUCAGAUCUCUGCCACAGUGAUUGGAAAAGUUAGUGAGAAAACCAGUAAUAAUCACCCACCUGUUCAUACAAAGACUGAUAAUUCUGUUACCUCUUCACACUCUUCUAUGAUUUCCACCACUACAUCUUCUACAAAAUCCACUGCACAGACAGUUACACACAGUGUUAUCGGCCUUAACAGUCCUCAAAAUAACGUACACAAAGUUAAUAGAGAAGAACUAGAGAAUUUACAGAGCUCUACAAAAACAAAUCUGCCUAUAAUUAGCCUCAAGUCUGGUCCUCAGAUUAUACCAUCAAUGUCUGUGUCCAUAUAUUCAAGUUCUACAGAAGUCCUGAAGGCAUGCAGAAAUUUAGGCAAAAAUGGCUUGUCUAAUAGUCGCAUUUUUUUUGAGAAAUGUCCGCCUCCAAGACCACCAACUUCACCAUAUCCUCCUUUGCCAAAGGAUAAAUUGAAUCCACCUACACCUAGUAUUUAUUUGGAAAAUAAACGUGAUGCUUUCUUUCCUCCAUUACAUCAGUUUUGUACAAAUCCCAAAAACCCUGUUACAGUUAUACGCGGCCUUGCUGGAGCUCUUAAAUUAGACCUUGGACUUUUCUCUACCAAAACUUUGGUGGAAGCUAACAAUGAACAUGUGGUAGAGGUAAGGACACAAUUGUUGCAACCAGCUGAUGAAAACUGGGAUCCCACUGGAACGAAGAAAAUCUGGCGUUGUGAAAGUAAUAGAUCUCAUACUACAAUUGCUAAAUAUGCACAGUACCAGGCUUCCUCCUUCCAGGAAUCAUUGAGAGAAGAAAAUGAGAAAAGAAUGCAACAUAAAGAAUGUUCAGAUAAUGAAUCCACAUCUUCAGAUUUUUCUGGAAAGCGAAGGAAAGGACCUUUUAAAACCAUAAAGUUUGGCACUAACAUUGACCUCUCUGAUGACAAAAAGUGGAAGUUGCAGCUACAUGAGCUGACUAAACUUCCUGCUUUUGUUCGGGUUGUAUCAGCGGGAAAUCUUCUAAGCCACCUUGGUCAUACCAUUCUGGGCAUGAACACAGUUCAACUAUACAUGAAAGUUCCAGGGAGUCGAACACCAGGUCAUCAAGAAAAUAACAACUUCUGUUCUGUUAACAUAAAUAUUGGCCCAGGUGAUUGUGAAUGGUUUGUCGUUCCUGAAGAUUACUGGGGUGUUCUGAAUGACUUCUGUGAAAAAAAUAAUUUGAAUUUUCUCAUGAGUUCUUGGUGGCCCAACCUUGAAGAGCUUUAUGAAGCAAAUGUUCCUGUAUAUAGGUUUAUUCAAAGACCUGGUGAUUUGGUCUGGAUAAAUGCAGGCACUGUGCACUGGGUUCAAGCUGUUGGCUGGUGCAACAACAUUGCUUGGAAUGUUGGUCCACUUACAGCCUGCCAGUAUAAAUUGGCAGUGGAACGAUAUGAAUGGAACAAAUUGCAAAAUGUGAAGUCAUUAGUACCUAUGGUUCAUCUUUCUUGGAAUAUGGCUCGGAAUAUUAAAGUCUCUGAUCCCAGGCUUUUUGAAAUGAUUAAGUAUUGCCUUUUGAAAAUCCUAAAGCAAUGUCAGACACUGAGGGAAGCUCUCAUUGCUGCAGGAAAAGAGAUUAUAUGGCAUGGGCGGACAAAUGAUGAACCAGCACAUUACUGCAACAUUUGUGAGGUGGAAGUUUUUGAUCUGCUUUUUGUUACAAAUGAAAGCAAUUCUCAAAAGACAUACAUAGUACAUUGCCAAGACUGUGCACGAAAAACAAGUGGAAAUUUGGAUAAUUUUGUGGUGCUAGAACAGUACAAAAUGGAGGACCUAAUUCAAGUCUAUGAACAAUUUACAUUAGCUCCUUCGAUAUCAUCCUCCUCCUCUUGAUAUUGCCCCAAGAAUAUUAAAUGAUGCCUUUUCUGCUCUUCAGGAAAGUUUUGCACCACUGGGUUUUGUAACUGUUUAAUAAGACUGCUGACUAAAAGCUAUUUCUAUGCAACUUUUCAAGAACAGAGUGUCAACCAACUUCACAUAGGAGAGCACUGCCUCUACUUAACAUUCUCAACAAAGCAGAUCCAGUGUACUUAAUAAAAAUAAACAUAUUUCAUGAUAUCUGUCAAAACUGGCAAUUUUUAAUACACUACUGACUUGAAGACACUUUUUUUUACAUUUCUCUAUUUCUGGACUGAUAAGUUUGUUUUCAUCUAUAUUUUACCCUUUCAAGAAUUUUCCUGGGGGAAAAUACUGUCCUAACUAGUCAUUGUUAGUUAGGAUAACUAAUUUAAAUCUUUGCUCAAAUUUUUUUUAAAGUGAAAAGCUAGACAGAAAAACUUUUUUACUGAUUUUUGUUUUUCUGUAUUGUUUUGAGGCCACAGCACUUUUGGUUGCAAAGUAAAUUUUUUAAAAUUUCAUAGCAUAGUAGUCAACACACAAAGGUAAUGGAUUGCACAUGAAUUAAGGAAUAAACUCCAGAUUUGUGAUUUUUGUUAUUAAUCUUGAUACAGAUUCACACUAUUUAUGAAAACUUAUUUAUUGCUUAAAACUAUAUGUGAAUGGAAUGUUGCUUAUUUUUUUUAGAUUUACCUGCCAUUAAAUAUAAAGGAGUUCUGUCAUUUUAGACACUACUCCUUUUACAUUUUCUAUGUGUAAAUAAAACAACUUUGCAUUGUACAGAAAUGUCUAUUAAAAUUGUUUAAUGUUUCAAGUGUUUUCCAAUAUUUGAGUUUUAGAAAAACUUCUGUAAAGACUCAGUUUCUGUUCAAUUUUAAAUCUGAUUUUAUAUAUUUAUAUAUAGAAAGAUACACAUGUAUAACAUAAAAUAUAUAAUUGUAUAAAGACAAAACUUAAAAUUUUUCUGAUCUCUGGUAGUUUUUGAGGUAACUGCUGCAAAACUACUAUUGCAAAACAUUGCUUACAAAAUUACGUUUAUUUUUAAAGUAUAUGUCCUUUAGUCUUAAGUCACACUUAUUGCAGUAACAGCCAGUAAAUAAUUGCUAGCAAAAUGUGUCUUAGAAAAUAGUGAGUGAGAGUAAGAAAACAUAGAUUUGCUAAUUUUGCUAUGGAAAAAGUGUAGAAUGAUAGCCUUCACUUUAAAGAAUAAAUAUAUUAAGUGACUUUUUUUUUUUUUAAUUUUUAGAUGACUCUGAAAUUCCAGCCUUUUCUGCUUAUACAACAGGGAAGGGAAAAAAUAUUCAAAUUGUGUAUCACUAAAUCAGUGAAUUUUAAUAAAUUCUUAAGGCUUUUAUUUCACAUGAACAAAUUACUUUUAACUAAUCAUAGUAUCUUCUUUCUGAAGUAUUUAUAAUAACACUUCCACUUUCUGAACAGUUUACCUUGUAUUCUCAUUUUAUAACAUGGUUCAUUCUAUGAAUCUUCCAGGGACUUUUGGUAGAGUCAUAUAAAUUAUCUUAUCCAAGCAUCAAAAAAAGAAUUUAUAAUUUCAUGUAGUGAAAUGCCUUGAUGAUUCUGUUAAUGAAGUACCCUUUUCAGGCACACUUUGAGUAUUCUCUCUCCCUAUAAGUAUUGAGUUGGCCAAAAAUUGUCUUGUCUUUUCCAUACAGUGGCUCUGGUAGCACUUAGUUGUCUUUAAUAACUUCAUUUGAAACAAUUGUG